UCCAUGAUUUCAUGAGACAGUUUGGCAGUCACUUGGUCUCAGUAGGACAAACUGAACAUCAUCUCCCACGCGCGCUCUGGAAUGCACAGGUUCCUCGCGCCAAACUUGAGUAUCAAACCUCAGACCUCUGUCCUCCCUUUAUAAGCGCUUUACAAUCGGCUGGGGUGACAUAUUCUAAGAAGCCGCAGCAUCUUUACCACCUGCCAGCAUGAGCGAGGAAGAGCAGAAUAACUGCUCGCUGUCUGUCAGGAAACCGUCUCGUAUGCCGAAGUGUUCUCGCUGCAGGAACCACGGCUUCGUGUCGCCGCUGAAGGGCCACAAACGCUUCUGCAACUGGAGAGACUGCCAGUGUCAAAAAUGCAGACUGAUCGCUGAACGACAGCGGGUCAUGGCCGCCCAGGUGGCGUUACGGAGGCAGCAGGCCCAGGAGGAAGAGCUGGGCAUGUGCAGUCCGGUUAACCUGUCCGGUUCAGACACUCUGGUGAAAAACGAGGCCGCCGGUGAUAACGUGUUUACUAUCAUCUCAGAACCGCCAUCACCCACCGCCAGCAGUGUUACCGCCUCUCCCACCAACCUAGGGAGCCGUUCCAUGCUUGCUGUAAGUCCUGCAGCGACCAGCAGAGGUCACACUGAGGGCACGUCUGACCUGAUGGUGGAUGCCUCCUAUUACAACCUCUACCAACCCACACCAUACUCAUCCUACUAUAGCAACCUGUACAACUACCAGCAAUACCAGAUGCCAAGUGGUAAUGGUCGCCAUAACGUGUCCCCCCAGUACCGAACACACUCCUACUAUUCAUCUUACCUGAGUCAGGGGCUCGGCACAACUGCAUGUGUGCCACCCAGCACCUGCCCUGAACCCAAAGCAGCAGUUUUCUCUGAUGGAGCUCAAGACGCAGUGUCCAUCAGCUCAAUGAUCAACCCUCAGAACAAGCUGGAGUGUGAGAGCAGCUCAGAGUCGGGAACCUUCUCUGUCGACUCCAUCAUCGAGGGGCCAACCAAAUGAAAAACCCUCACCUGCACCAAUCUCCCAUCUAAUUGAAUUGUGUCUGUAUUUUAACUAAAAGUAUUAUGACUUUGAAAGCAAACCCUACCUUCUUGUUCAACAGUUUGUAGUUAGUACUGAUCAUUGUGUUGUUUUUCAACUUUUCAAGAUUUUCAUAGACAUGGGUUAUGUUUUACUCUUAGUUUCUCAAUGAUCAGAAAUACAGUUUACAAGGCUGGCUAUGUUUCAUACUGUUUGAUAGCUUCAGUUUGUUUACUUUGAUGCUGCAGUUUUUAAAGAUUAGAAAGAUUCCACUCUUAUACACUAGUGAGAGAAAUAGCAGAGAACAAUGAUUUAUUGUCAUAUAUCAGCUGAAGCUCAGUAUUGCUGUCAUUGGCCUAAUGGACAAUCUAACUUCUUUCCAUGACCUUCAAGAUGCAAAGUAUAUGAGCUCUUCUCCAGCAUCUCUAUAGUGGCUGUGGGACAGUUGAGUUAGAAGAGAUACUAUUAAAUUAUGCUUCAAUCUCACAGUGAACGGCUUGUUUAUUUAUGGCCAUCACUAAAGAACAUCAUUUCACUUUUGAUGAUUUGCAUCUACCCUGUUCCUAUGCAGGAUCCAGCUAAUGUUCAGUACUCUUCUCUGCUUUCUUUGUAUAAUAUGAAGCUGUGCCCUUGAUUUUAAUAGUGUUGGCACAGAUAAUGUCCUCAGUCAAGUCACGAAUAAAUGGUAAAGGAGAAGAGGGACACACAACUUUCUUUCCUUUUAUGCUGUUUGUUGCAGACAUAUUUAUGACUGCAUGUUUAACUAAAAAUGACGACAUUUGACAUUCGACAUCUGAUAGAAAUUAGCCGUAUCCAUGUUAAAUGCAUUUUGGAAAUUUCUCAGUGUAAUCAAAUUUUUACUUUUUUAUUUUGUUUAUUUUAUUUUGUUAUAGUGAAGGGCCAUUUAAGAUGCUUGCAUCUGUAUUUGUUUUGCGCUUACAUAGAGCUCAGUAUUAAUAAGUAGCUUACUGAGACUUAAACUAAUAGCCUUUUUCUAAAAAUGAAUGUAAAAUCUCGUAGGAAUAUGCAUACUGUAUAUUCUAAUAUUGAACAGUCAAACAGUUUUGAUUUGGAGAUUUUGUACAAUUGUUAGACUAACAGUUCACAGUUUGAUUCAUCUGUUAAUUUGUUUUCCAGACACUGGUUUUGUAUAAACAUACUUACUGUAUUUUGCUCAUGAUGUGGUGAGCUCUUUUUCACUGACACCAUGAUGUUACAAAUAUUUUUUAUUAUUGUUAUGAUUAUAAAACGAUAUAAAAGCUAAUUUGCAAUCGUUGUGUGUUUAUAUGGUCUCAUGUUCAGUGGAAAUAAAAUCAUUCUUGAUGACCGACUUUCACAAGGCAUGCCUGUUGAGAGCACGUGAUAAAAAAUCCGGAAUGAAAAUUACUUGUAUUUUCUUUGC